AUCUGAACUAGCAAAACGAGCAAUUAAACAUCUGACCACAUAAAUAAUCCAUUUUUUAUCUCUAUUUUAACCUCGUAGUUAGAUAAUUAAUUUAUGACCAAAAAGAAAGUAAAUAACUAAAAUGAGAAAAUGAAAACCACGAGCUCCCAAAUUUCCUGCGGCUUCUUUAGCCUCUUGUUUCGUUUAUGUACCACUUUCUCGACUCCACACUUUAUAAACCAAAUCCUCCACGAAACUCCAAACACAUUGUCCAAAGAUCAAUACACACUGUUUUAAGAAGAAUUUGAAAAGAAAAAGAAAAAAAGAAGAUGAAUGCCGGAAAGCAAGCUUCGUGGGCGGUGGCGACGGCGAUCGCAGCCGUGGAAGUGCUAAAAGACCAAGGCGUUGCUCGGUGGAACUACCUUUUCCGCUUACUCCACAAAGAAGCAAUGGCUCGCGUCCGUACCAUUACAGUCCCAUCUCGUCCCUCUCCUCCUACGUCUUCAUCUUCGGCUACUUCCAUCAGAUCCAAACCUUUGUCCACCACACCCUUUGAGACAUCCUUUGAGAAAGCUAUGGGUCUUAGCUGCUUUGGUCCCACCACCGUUAGAUUCUAGAUCUCUAUGUACUGUGUUGUAUGUACGCAAAUCAGAAUGUGCAUGCGUCUAUGACUUGUUUUUGUUUACCCAUCACAUCAUUAGCUAGGUCCACUAAAUGUUGUACUUGUUGGAGUCAUUAUUCUAACAUUUUGUUUUCAAUAUUGAAAUAAAUCUGGUUUUAUAUAGA